AAGGGAGGGAGAGAGGGAGAGACAGACAGACAGAGACAGAGAGGAGACGGCUAGCCAGCCAAAAUAGGGUCUUCUGGAAAGGUGCUGUGCCUGGAGCCAUACUGUAGGACCCUCAUGGAGGGGGCACAGGAAGGUAAGCAUGACUGCCGUAUGGCGAUGUGUGUCCAGGAACCCAAAGGUGUCUUCUGGACUUGUGCAGAGACAGGAGAGAGGAGCCAGCCCACUCCACAGCUUCCAGGCCCAGAAGCCCCACCCCAAAGGGGAGGUGGGUGGCAGAUGCAGAAGGGAAUGGCUCCCCUGUGUCCCCAGACACUCCUUCCCUGCCUCUCUCUCCUCCAGCCCCCCAGGGCAGUGAGCCGAGUUCAUGCCUUUGGGAAAAGGGGGAGCUCCCUCCGCAGAGACCCCAACCUGCCCGUGCACAUCCGAGGCUGGCUGCAUAAGCAGGACAGCUCUGGCCUCAGGCUCUGGAAGCGGCGCUGGUUUGUCCUGUCGGGCCACUGCCUCUUCUAUUACAAGGACAGCCGGGAGGAGAGUGUCCUGGGCAGCGUCCCCCUCCCCAGCUACAGCGUCCGGCCAGAUGGCCCUGGGGCCCCCCGCGGGCGCCGCUACACCUUCACUGCAGAGCACCCCGGGAUGAGGACCUACGUCUUGGCAGCUGAUACGGUGGAGGACCUUCGAGGCUGGCUGCGGGCUCUGGGCCGGGCCACACGAGCCGAGGGGGAUGACUAUGGCUCCCAGACCCCGCCUGCUGGACCCCAGGCUGGGGAAGGCCCUGGGGGUCCUGGGGGACCCCCCGAGGUGGGGAGUGGCGAUGAGGGCCGCAGCGCUGAGUCCCUGGAGGUGGCUAGGAUCUCUGGCAGGCACGGGGAGCUCACCCCCAGCCCUCCACCUGGGCUUAUGGAGCCCCCCCAGAGGAGCCGACAAAGGGCCAGGAGUCCCGAGCUCUUUUCUCCCCUCUCCCGCCCCCCUUCGCCCCUGGGCCUCCCCCGGCCGCGGUCGGCCCCUGCCCACCGGCCCUCUUCUCUGGCCGGGGCAGACGCCCGGCCCCACACCCCACUGAGCCGGAUCGACGUCAGGCCCUUCCCUGAGUGGGCCCCGGCCCCGAGGACCCCGGCCCGGCCUUCCACUCCCCGAGGGGCUCCAAGGCCCCCCAGGAGCCCCCAGCACCGGGCCACCGAAGCCAGGACCCAGGCAGCACCCGGCUAUCUGCAGUGGGUCCCCCGGCCCCCGGGCUCCUCCGUGGCCUCUUUGGCGGGUGACCCUCCGCCGGCCCCUCGCCACGCCGCCAGGCCGGGCGACCCUCUCGAAGCCCCUGCUGCGGGGGGACCCAAAGGCCGACGCUCAUCUGGCCUCCAGCAGCCCCCGCCGCCAUCAGGCCGCACGCUGGAUUCCCCGCUGCACCUCAGCGCCGACACCGACGCUCUCCUGACCAGGCUCUGCGGGCAGGACCGGCUCUUGAAAAGGCUCACGGAGGAAAUAGCCAGGAGCCAGGAGGAGAAGGAACGGCUGGAAGCGGCCCUGGAACUGACCCGCCGCGCGGUGGGGGAGCCCGGGCCGGGGGGCAGGGCCUGGGCCAGCCAGCGGCUUCUGCAGGAUCGGCUGGUGGGCGUCCGAGCUGCCCUCUGCCACCUGGCCCAGGAAAGGGAGCGCGUCUGGGACACCUACAGCGGCCUGGAGCAGGAGCUGGGGACUCUGCGGGAGACCCUGGAGGCCCUACUGCACCUGGGGCCGCCGCAGGCCAGGGGCUCUGCCCAGCAGCAGCUGUGGAUGGUGGAGGACACGCUGGCCGGCCUGGGGGAUCGGAGCUGGGGGCGUCCCCCGGGGGGCGGAGAUGGAGAUGGGCCUGGCGCCCCCCAAGGGCCCAAGGCUGCAGCCCCCCGGGCCCGGAUGAGCACCCAAGAGCAGCUGGAAAGGAUGCGGCGGCACCAGGAGGCCGGGCGGCUGAGGCCGAGGCCCCUCUCUCCGGGGGGCCAGGCCGGGCGUCCCUCGACCAUCCGAAGGCAGCUGGAGGCCGGCUCAGAGAGAGAUGGGCCUCUCCUGGACCCGGCGGCACAUGCAGGGGCUUCCUCGCUGUGGGCCCGGAGCUCCGGCUCCUGGAGCGGCAGCCGGCCCUACAUUCCCUCCCCAGAAGGGCACCGCGAAAGGGUCCUCAGCCUGUCCCAGGCCCUGGCAACGGAGGCUUCGCACUGGCAUAAGUUCAGCACAGGUCAAAGACUGGGGGACCUCCUGGGGACG